GUUAAACCGUGAGAUUUGAAAAUGCCCUCGAAGUGCAAGUGUGUUGUUGGAACCGUGAAUCUCACAAUUUGAGUGCAAAUCGCACCCUUUGAAACAGUGAGAAUUACACUAAACCUUCGACCUUUUGCACAGGUAAAGUCGUAAAGGCGAGCACACAUAAGUUGAUGAAAAUUUACAAUUGCUUGACCAAAAAGUUGUUGAUUUCACUUGUUUGGGGUACAACCCACUAAAGGACUCCAGGGAUUAGAGCUUUAAGUGGUUGAUUGGAUGCUUGACGAUUAAUUCAAUUAAUUAUAUACUAAAAAAGAAAUUUGGAUGCAAGGUCAUUGAUUCAAUUACUAGAAUUAGAUCCCUUGGCAUCAUUCCAUAUUAGUGUGAGUACAUUAUAGGUUUCAUUGCAAAUUGGAUUCAUACCUAGAGCUAAGGGGAUUCUCAUCCCAAGUGUGUCUUCUCAACCUUUGAGCACAUCAUUUACUUCGUUUCUAUUUGCUUUUGUUAGCUGACACUUACAACUUACAAGUAAUCGAGAAUCCAACAGAUCGAUUGGCUAGAUAGUAGUAAAACUCAAAGUACGUAGCACUGCAUAUCUAGACGACCCGAAAGGAAUACGUCGACACUGGAACGUUUGUUGUCAUUAUACGUAAUUAGCUUAGGAAGAUACUACUGCCCUUCUACAAUUAAACUAUAUGACACGAUGAGUCAAUCGAAUCAAACCCGGCCCAUAACCCACCUCUCAUGAUCUUAGCAGCCCACAAUCUGAUCAUCUCAUGUCAUGAUCAACCCACUACUCUACUCACCCCGUAACCCAUAAUUUUUAACGAUUAGUUUAUAUGGUCAUUGUGUUGUCAUAAAUAAACUGCGGAUAUAUAUUUAAAAAAUGCCCUAGCGAAUGUCAACUUUCCUUCCUUGGGCAGUACGAAGAAAUUUGUUCCAUGUAAGCAAAGAUAAGAACUUCCCACCAAAAAAAGACAGCCCAGAAAGGAUCGGACACUGCAUUGGGGAGCACUGCAUUGCGUAACCUACUGCCGCGUUGCCUCGUGAAAGAGCUCAAAAUUAAUAGCGUCUGGAGAAAUUUUAUUUAAAAAACAUAGACAUUUCGUUUGCCCGACCUGCUUGACAUGUUUUGAUUGAGAUGGGAUGGACAUGGAUAUUCUCAUCGAUCCGACGUAUACUAACCCGUCUCAUUUUUUUUAUUUAUCCAUUCUUGUUUAAAUUAUAUUUAAAUUUAAUCAAAUUACUUAGAAUUUUUCUUUUAUUACAUCAUAUUUUAGCUAUAAUAAAAUUGUAAAUCAGUGAAAACUUCAAGUUCUUUCAAUAAUUUAAGUACAUUUUAUGGUUUGUUUCUUGGUUUUGUAAUGAAAAUAACGAAUAUUUCUAGUGUUUUCCAUAUGAAUUACUUACUCAUUCUAUCGACCUGCUCCGACUCGUGCCCCAAUAAUAAAUUUCUCGACUUGAACCCAACCCGACCCGCCAACGUAUAUAAAUAUCGAGAUACCUACCCCAAACCUCCCCCAUUCUCAUUCCUAUAUCGUCUACUUCUUACUAUAUAUAUACACACAUAUGGCAAGUCCACCCUAAUCAAAUACAUAACAUAAUAUAUGAUCUGAGAGAUGGAUCUAUUGAGUUGAAUAUAUAUUAACUACGAUACUCACCUCUUGGAACACACCACCAGCCACAAGGAAAAAAUUAGAAUGGCGCACAUGGUCGGCAGAGAUAAUGAGAUUGAGUCGCUCAGAAUCGAGUUGGCCGAAAUGGGAAGAAGCCUCCGGCAACUGCAGCUUCCGGCGGCGGCGGCGGCGGCGGCGGCGGGUGGCCCUCCUUCCUCUUCCUCCUCGUUCCGGCGCCACAGCCGGAGCUCUUCCGUGUCUUCAAGCUUCCGGAGGGACCGAUACUGCGAUGACGUGGAGUUGACGGAGGAUGAGGUCAGCAACGUUGCCCUGCAGUGGGCGGCGGUGGAGAGGCUCCCGACUUUCGAGCGCCUCCGCUCCUCUCUCUUCCUCCACGGUGGUGGGAAGGGUGCGGCGGAGGAGGCGGCGUCACGGCGGCCGGCGGCGGUGGUGGUGGACGUGAGGAAGCUGGGCGGGCUGGAGAAGCAUGUGUUCAUGGAGAAGCUGAUCCAGAGGAUCGAAGACGACAACCUUCGGUUGUUGCAGAAGAUUAGGAACAGAGUAGACAAAGUUGGGGUGAGGUUGGAGAGGGUGGAGGUGAGGUUCAGAAACGUUGGGGUGGAAGCAGAGUGCAAGGUGGUCAACGGAAAACCACUUCCAACGCUGUGGAAUACGCUGCUUGGAGAAGUGUCUGACUUUGCGGCGAAGUUGCCAUUCUUCGAGCCACAGAAAGCAGAACUUCAAAUCAUCCACAAUGUUAGUGGCGUUAUUAAGCCUGGAAGGUUAACUCUGUUGCUGGGACCGCCUGGCUGUGGGAAGACUUCCCUCCUAAAGGCUUUGUCAGGGAAUCUCAGCCCUUCUCUCAAGGUUCAUGGUGAGGUUUGUUACAAUGGGUACAAGCUGGAUGAGUUUGUGCCUCAGAAGACUUCAGCUUACAUCAGUCAACAUGAUGAGCACAUCCCUGAGAUGACUGUGAGGGAGAUUCUCGAUUUCUCGGCUCGCUGUCAGGGCGUCGGAAUUCGCCUAGAGAUGAUGGAGGAAGUAAGCAGAAGAGAGAAGCAAGCUGGGAUUGUCCCUGAUCCUGAUAUCGACACUUACAUGAAGGCCAUUUCAGUGGAAGGGUUAAGAUCAAAUCUCCAGACGGAUUACAUAUUAAAGAUCCUUGGACUUGACAUCUGUGCUGAUACACUAGUUGGUGAUGUCAUGAGAAGGGGCAUCUCAGGUGGUCAGAAGAAAAGACUCACUACAGGGGAGAUGAUGGUUGGUCCAACAAGAGCUCUAUUCAUGGACGAAAUCACAAACGGCUUAGACAGCUCCACCGCGUUUCGAAUCGUUUCCUGUCUGCAACAAAUGGUCCACAUCACAGAUGCCACGGUUCUGGUCUCGCUUCUCCAGCCAGCCCCCGAGACGUUCGUGCUCUUCGACGACUUGAUUCUGAUGGCAGAAGGCAGGAUCGUGUACCAUGGUCCGCGCCAACAUGUCCUCGACUUCUUCAUGGACUGUGGCUUCAAGUGCCCUGAGAGAAAAGGCGUUGCAGAUUUCAUCCAAGAGGUCAUUUCUGAGAAAGACCAGUCACAGUACUGGGAUAGCACACAACAUGUCCCUCACAGUUAUGUCUCGGUUGAAGCAUUCUGCAACAAGUUCAAGGCAUCUACUUAUGGAAAGAAGCUGGAUGAAGAGCUUGCAGUGCCUUAUGACACCAAGUCACAAACCAAUGACACUGCAAUAUCUUUCAACAGAUACUCACUUUCCAAGUGGGAGCUCCUCAGGGCUUGCUCCGCAAGGGAAUGGCUUCUCAUGAGAAGGAAUUCAUUCACCUAUGUAUUCAAAACAGUCCAGCUCGUGAUCACUGCCGUGAUUGCAAUGACUUUGUUUCUACGAACCCGGAUGGAUGUCGAUGUUGUCCAUGCGAAUCUCUACAUGGGUUCCUUGUUCUAUGCCCUUAUUAUAUUGGUUACAGAUGGGAUACCUGAGCUGCCCAUGACUAUCCAAAGGCUUGAAGUGUUCCACAAGCAAAAGGACUUGUACUUCUAUCCGGCUUGGGCUUAUGCAAUCCCUGCAAGUCUCCUCAAAAUCCCCAUUUCGUUGCUGGAAUCUCUGGUUUGGACGUGUCUCACUUACUAUGUCAUUGGUUAUAGCCCAGAAGCUGUGAGGUUCUUUCGCCACUUUCUUAUACUUUUCGGUGUGCAUUUGAGUUCGGUAUCCCUCUUUCGAUUUAUAGCCUCGGUCUACCAGACUCAUGUUGUUUCCAUGGCUGCUGGUAGCUUUGCCAUACUGUUCUUGUUGAUGUUUAGUGGCUUCGUGAUUGCAAAGCCAUCCAUGCCCAUUUGGAUGAAAUGGGUAUUCUGGAUUUCCCCUGUCACAUAUGGAGAGAUAAGCCUAAGUUUGAACGAGUUUCUCGCCCCGAGAUGGCAAAAUAAAAUGGCAUCUGGGAACAUGACUAUAGGAAAUUCCAUCCUUGAGAGCCGAGGACUUAACUUCCAAGCCGAUCUCUAUUGGGUUUCAGUUGGAGCCUUGUUUGGAUUCACGUUGUUGUUCAACAUUGGUUAUGUCUUGGCUUUGAGUUACCUAAAAUCUCCAGGCGCGUCAUCUCAUCCAAUUAUAUCUCAAGAAAAGCUGUCCAAAAUCCAGGGAAGUAAUGGUGAGGAUUCUAGAAAUGGCACAGCAUUGAAAUAUCCAGAACCAACUAUCCAGUCAAGUAAAGAUAGAAUGGCCUUACCUUUCACACCACUGACAGUUGUUUUUGAAGAUGUUCAGUACUUUGUUGACACUCCCAUGGAAAUGAGAGAAAGGGGAUUCACUAGCCCAAGACUUCAACUUCUUUCUGAUAUCUCUGGGGCAUUAAGUCCUGGAGUACUUACAGCAAUGAUGGGGGUGAGUGGUGCUGGAAAGACGACCCUUUUGGAUGUUCUUGCAGGCAGGAAAACCAGUGGCUACAUUGAGGGACAGAUCAAGAUUGGAGGGUACCCUAAAGUUCAAGAAACAUUUGCUAGGGUUUCUGGUUACUGUGAGCAGACUGAUAUCCAUUCUCCCCAGAUAACAGUGGAGGAAUCAGUUAUAUUCUCUGCCUGGAUGCGGCUGUCACCCGAGAUAGACUCCAAAACUAAAGCUGAGUUUGUGAAUGAGGUGAUAGAGACCAUAGAGCUUGAGGGGGUAAAGGAUGCUUUGGUUGGGAUCCCUGGGGUAAAUGGUCUAUCAACCGAGCAGAGAAAACGACUGACCAUAGCCGUGGAGCUCGUGGCCAAUCCAUCAGUCAUAUUCAUGGAUGAACCCACAACAGGAUUGGAUGCAAGAUCUGCUGCAAUUGUGAUGAGAGCAGUUAAAAACAUUGUCGAUACCGGGAGGACAAUUGUUUGCACCAUCCAUCAGCCGAGCAUUGACAUAUUCGAGUCCUUUGAUGAGCUCAUUCUAUUAAAAGCCGGUGGAAGGAUCAUAUACUCUGGACCAAUGGGGCACCACUCAAGUAGUGUGAUAGAGUACUUUGAGGGAAUUGAAGGGAUUCCAAAGAUCAAAAGAAACUAUAAUCCUGCAACAUGGAUGUUGGAAGUUACUUCGGAAUCUUCAGAGGCUAAACUUGGAGUUGAUUUUGCCUUGUUAUACAAGCAAUCAACCCUCUUCGAAACUAACAAGGAGAAAGUGAGUAGAAUGAGCAGCCCACCUCCCGGCUCAAGAGAUCUCCACUUCACUACCGAAUUCUCGCAGAACGGGUGGGGCCAAUUCAAAGCUUGCCUGUGGAAACAACACUUAUCUUAUUGGAGGAGCCCUGGGUAUAACUUAAUGCGACUGCUCCAUACAUUUGCUUCGGCUCUGAUCUUUGGGUUGUUGUUCUGGGACCAAGGCCAGAAAAUAAACAACCAGCAGAAUUUGUUCAACAUGUUUGGUUCGAUGUACAUUGGGGUGAUCUUCCUGGGGAUAAACAACUGCUCGUCGGUGCUCCAAUAUGUCGCGACAGAGCGAACCGUGAUGUACAGGGAGCGGUUUGCAGGGAUGUACUCCACUUGGUCGUUCUCGUUUGCACAGGUUGCUGUGGAAAUCCCGUAUCUGUUUGCACAAGCUCUAGUAUUCACAGCAAUCACAUAUCCGAUGAUCGGAUACUACUCGUCAGGAACAAAGGCUUUCUGGUUCUUCUAUGCCAUCUUCACUUCGCUGAUGUACUUCAACUAUUUGGGGAUGUUGCUUGUGUCGCUGACACCAAACUUCAUGUUCGCUGCCAUCUUCCAAUCUGUUUUCUACGCUAACUACAACCUCUUCGCCGGGUUCCUGAUUCCUCGACCGAGGAUACCAAAAUGGUGGAUAUGGCUUUAUUACUUGACCCCAACUUCUUGGUCCCUCAAUGGACUGCUGACUUCACAAUACGGAGACAUACACAAGGAGCUGACGGUUUUUGGGGAAACCGAGACCGUUGCUGGGUUCCUGAAGAGUUACUUUGGAUUCGACCAUGAUCGGUUGGGUCUGGUAGCUGCUGUUCUCAUUGCUUUCCCGCUUGCCUUCGCUUCUCUUUUCGCGUAUUUUAUGGGAAGAUUCAACUUCCAGAGAAGGUAAUACUGCACAAGCCGAAUGGAACGUUCUUCAGAAGCAGCUGGACAUGUAUAGACGCCAGAGCAUCGAUCCAAAGGAGACGAACGAAGAUACCAAAAUACAGAACCACGUCCACCUAUUUCUGUGUAUGUGUAUAGACUUGAAUGUCAUAACGUACUAAAGCAAUUCACAAAAG